AUGAACAUUUUAUGUUAUUAUCGUGAUUGCACAGAAGAAGAUGCUGCAAAAAUGUAUAAAGAGCACAUUAUUGAUAAAAUUCAAGAUCAAUUGGAAUUUAAUCAAUACUUUACACGUCAGUGGGACAUUCAUAAACAACAGUGGAUAGCCGCUGCCAGACCAAAUGAAUUAACCGUUGUGAAUAACGUUUCUGAAUCUUUAUUUAAAAAGAUAAAAUAUCACGAUUUUGGCUGCGUUAAAAAUCAAAGAAUUGAUGUUUUUGUCAAAAAUCUUUUAGAAGAAGUUGCACCCAAUUACUUUUAUCGUAUUAAAAACGAUUUACUUCAAACAGGUUUUAUUCCUUCAAUUAGAAUUCGCGAGCCUCGAUUGACAGAUUAUAAAACAAAAUUGAAAAGAGAAGUUCAAUCACGUUUAUACCAAGUAUUAAAUUUUGUUCAGAAUCAAGAAGCCAAUUUGAAUCCAUUAAGAUUUUUAUUGGAAAAUGCUGAAGAAAAACUUUCUCAAAUAAAUGAGAAGAUACAAAAUUCAAUUACAUAUUUAAGAUCGUUUGAAAUUCCAAAUGAAUUGUUAGAUACGUAUAUGUUAGAAAUUAAUGAAUUUUGUUAUAAUUCUCCAGAUUAUAUUUUAGAACAUUUCGAAGAAUUUUUGGAGGAUUUCAAAGAAAAGAAUAAUUUAAUAGACUUAAAAAUUUAUUAUUUUUAUUUAUUGUGA